CUCCCUCUCAUAAUGGGAGAGGGAGGGUGUUACUGCGCCGAGUCGAAGUACUCCCAAAAGUGCUAUUACGCCAUAAAAUAUAGUUCCUCUUUUAAAUCUGCUUAGAAAAGCGCUACGUUUUAUUUUGUACCACCAAACUUGCUCGUAUAACUACUCGUCUUAAAUAGGAAAAAACGUUGAUGUGUUUGGUCACUUCUAACUUUAUCUCUAAAUGGUAGCAUUGAAUGAAUGGGGCUAAGCUAAAUGCUAUCGAAGCGUCGCAGCGCGCUCCAGCGCUUACGUGCACGCACACAGAUGAUAGAGGGAUGUAUCAACAAUUCUUAGUUAAGGUAAUAACAUAUUUUAAUAUUGAAAAUGAGUAGACUAUUCCUUUAAGUUACUGGCAAUUUUAAAAACAAAAAUUCAAUGUGUUAACAUUAUCUAAUGUACAAUAAACUAUCUAAAUGAUUUAAACAAGAAUAAAUGAUUUAAACAUUAUCAACCAUUGAACAAUUGCUUAUUAACCAACAUUAACAAAAAUAAAUAAAUGCUGUAAGUAUAUAUUGUUCAUUGCUAGUUUGUGUCAGCUGAUGUAUCAACUAACUGUAAACUGUAAAUUGUUAAGUUUUACCUUUUCUUUUUAAUAUAUUCCAUAAAAAUAAUCUACUAUAUAGAUAUUACAAAGAUGAGGUUCUCCUUAGUACACUAAAAUUAAGUGCCUGUAUCCUAGAUUGAAAAUGGUUAGAGAAAUCUUACAUAAAGAGAGUAACAUCUUUCUAAAUAAGAUUAUUUUUCGCUUUGAUAACCAGAACAUAAAGAUCCAUGCUAUUUCUGCAUAGUCUAAUUAAAAAGCAUGCACAUUUUUGCAUAAUUAGAUUUAAAAAUAUAAAUCUCAGGUUUCUUACAGUGUUUACAGUAUUUCAAAAGCCAUCAAACAGAUCUAUUAUACAAAAAGGCUCAAAUAAUAAAACAGCUCAGUAGCAGAAAUACAGAAAAUGAAAUAAUAAAAAUCCCCCACACCCCUGUGCCCUGGCCCAUGUGUAGUUAGCAGAAUUAGUUUCUGGAUAUAACAUCUAGGAACCAACAAAUUGCUUGAUAAAACACCCCAAAAAUCCCUGGUGGCCAGGAACCCUGCAGGGUGUUAAUUGCAAAACGCAAACAACUGAGAGCUAUGGUGAUGUCACGAGGGUUCAAAUAAAGAGUUUAAAACUAAAGGCUCUCAGUAAGCACUCGUGGACCAGGCUAUGGAGUGAACGAUCAUUGUCAUCAUCAACAUGGACUUUAAAAUACAAUGGAUUUAAUCCACUUUUAUAUUUUACUUUCACUUUUAUACAUGCCAGUUGGAGAUGAGAAGUAAUUUCACUGGAUUUUCAGGACACGUGAACAACACGCAUGAAAGCACGUUAGAAGUUGCGUUCGCGGUGGCCAACUGUCUGGUUUUGCUUGUAACUUUGAACGUAGGAACUCUCGCCAAUUUGUUUGUGACUUGGGCUGUGUACCGUCAAAAGUCACUCCAGACAUCCAACAAUGCACUCCUGGUGAAUUUGGCUGUUAUCGAUACCUUACGAUGCGUUAUCGAUUGCCCGUUGCUCCUCAGUAUCGCUCUGAGCGUGCGCACCGCAAAGGACUUCGGGAUUGUUUUCUGUAGCGCACAGAUUGCGUCUUUUUCUCUUAUUUGUUGCGUGCAGUUGUUCACGUUGGCGUGCAUCAGCGCCGAGAGAUAUCAAGCCGUCGCGCGUCCGUUUAAAAACGCAGAGCGUCGGAAACGGGUAACGGUAUCUAUUAUAUUGACUUGGGUGGUGCCGAUCUUAAUAUCGGUCCUGUGCGUGAUAUUUGCCAAAGACUCGCCGGUGUACGUCAGGUGCAGGGGAUGGCGCGUGCACACUUUGGACUCUUACGACACUUUUGGAUUGUAUAUUUUGACUCCCGUCUGGUCCGUUUGUUUGGCGGUCAUUAUUGGAUUUUACACCCGCAUAUUUGUUUUGGUGAGAGCACACGGAAGGAAAAUAUAUGAUAAGGGGUCUUUUAUACCUUCUGAGAAGAAAGAAGAUAAAAAGAAUCAGAAAGAAGAAGAAAUAAAGAAAAAUAGUAAGAGUGGUUUAGGUACUAAUAACGAAUUUCAACCAGUUGAAAAUGAAUCCAAUUUGGAAAAACCUUUGGAUUUUGCACCAUCUGUUCGAUUAACCACGAUGGAUAAACUGGAUAGCGUGUCUGAAAAACCUAAAGAAACAAAAGUCACUUUUAUAGAUGAACUUCCCAAUGAUGCAUCUAAUGUUUUAGAUCUAGACGGUGUUGCCAAGCUGCACAGCCACCAAGAAAAUCCUGGAGAAACAUCUACUUCACCAGCUAAUGAUAAAGACGAUGCCGUAGAGCCAAACGUCCAAAAUACUGAUGAAAAUGUUUCUGUAACAUCAACAAAUAAAGGAGUGGAUGCAGAGCUAAACGCAUACCAAGAGACUGCUGGAAAAACGUGUGAAGAAGGGGGUGCGGAGACAACCGACCACCCAAAUCCAGCAGUUGAACUGCCUCCAUCAUCGCCCGAUAAAAAAAGUGCAAGCGCUCAUCAGGAUACCACAACAGAAACAUCUCCAGCAUCAAAUGGGGAUGCUCAGAUCACGACAGCUCCCCAAGAGGAGGUGAUGGGGGCCGUCUGCAUGAUGCCAUCCCUCGCUCAAAGAGAAAAGGGGAACACCAAGAAAGAGAGCAAACUUGCCAAGCGUUCUGCAUACAUUAUUUUCACCUUCCUCAUAUUUUGGAUCCCACUGAUUGGGACUGUGUUCCUGAAUCACUUCUUUUACCAAAACAAGAAUCAAACAGUGAGUCUCAGGGUACCAUUUACGCUGAAAAAAAUUAUUAAUUCAAAUUACUCACAUUUUUUAAGGUAA